AUGGCGCAGAUACGCGGCACAGCUGGCUACCAUUUGGGAAACCAAAGCCCCUUUGGCAACUCCGGGCGCAACGACGACAUGAACAACGACCCGAGUCCCCUCGACCAACUGAGGGCCCAGACAAGCAAACUCGAGGACAUGUUGGACACUGUCGCCGAUCCUAUCAAGCCUUACUUGCCAGCAAUUGGCCGCUUCCUGAUUGUCGUAACUUUCCUAGAGGACGCGCUACGCAUAGUAACUCAAUGGAGUGACCAGCUCACAUACCUUAAUAACUACCGACGCAUCCCUAAUGGUUUAACGCACAUGUUCCUUAUUGUCAAUGUCAUCGCCAUGACAGUCUGCUCCAUUGGUGUUAUUGCCCGGAAAUACUCUGAAUUCAGUGUCGGCGGGCUCAUGGGCGUGGUUGUGUUGCAGGGUCUCGGAUACGGUCUUGUUUUCGACCUCAACUUCUUCCUCCGCAACCUGUCGGUUGUUGGUGGUCUUCUCAUGGUUCUCUCUGACUCGUGGGUUCGCAAGAAGUUUGCUCCGGCUGGUCUUCCCCAGCUUGAUGAGAAGGACAAGAAGAUGUACUUCCAGCUCGCUGGACGUGUUCUUCUGAUUUUCCUCUUUGUUGGCUUUGUUUUCCGCGGCGACUGGGGUCUCUGGCGAAUCAUUGCCAGCAUUCUGGGAUUCAUUGCCUGUGUCAUGGUUGUCGUUGGCUUCAAGGCCAAGUUCUCUGCCGUUAUGCUGGUGCUGAUUCUCAGCAUCUUCAACCUCUACGUCAACAACUGGUGGACCCUGCACCCGCACCACCCUCACAAGGACUUUGCCAAGUACGACUUUUUCCAAAUCCUCUCGAUUGUUGGUGGUCUCCUUUUGCUGGUCAACAUGGGCCCUGGACAGUUCUCCGUCGACGAGAAGAAGAAGGUUUACUAG